AUGAGCACCGGCGCCGCGCAUCCCAACGGCCCAUUUCACAUCAGUCCACUCACUUCAUCUCCUUCUCCCGCCAUCCCCACCCACUCCUCUCCGCGUACGGUGGCCUUCACGACGCCUCAAAACUAUGCCGGCAGCCUCUCUCACCUCCUCUCGCUCAAAGGCUUCGAACCCCUCUGGUGUCCCACUCUUACCGUCCAGCCCACUCCUCUCGCCAUCAAAUCUCAUCUCCUUCCGCCCAUUCUGCAUUCCUUCUCCGCCGUCGCCUUCACUUCCCGCUCCGGCAUUACAGCCCUCCUCGACGCUGCUACUGAAAUUGGCGAGCCCUUGCUACCGUCGCACGGCGAUACUUUCUUAAUCGCAGCCCUAGGUAAGGACUCCGAGCUUCUCGACCAUGAAUUUCUUACCACAAUUUGCCCUAACACGAGUCGAAUUAGAGUUGUGGUACCUGAAAUUGCAACUCCAACUGGUUUAGUUGAAGCUCUUGGAGUUGGAAACCACCGUCGGGUUUUAUGUCCGGUUCCUCGCGUCGUGGGACUCAACGAACCCCCGGUGGUUCCAAACUUCCUCCGUGACCUGGAGGCGAAAGGUUGGGUUCCGGUCCGCGUCGAUGCUUACGAGACCCGAUGGGCCGGACCCGAUUGCGCGAGAAAGCUGGUGGAGAGAGGGAAGGAUGAGAAAUUGGAUGCCAUUGUGUUUACAAGUACUGGGGAAGUGGAGGGGCUGCUUAAAAGCUUGGAGCAUUUGGGUUUGGAGUGGGAUAUGAUGAAAAAGAGAUGGCCGGAAAUGGUGGUGGCUGCGCAUGGGCCCGUGACAGCGGCAGGAGCUGAGAGACUCGGCGUUAAGGUUGAUUUGGUGAGUCCUAAGUUUGAUAGCUUCAAUGGUGUGGUUGAUUCUCUUCAUUGGAGAUGGCAGAGCUUAGAUUAG